GUCAAGAGAAGCAGCCAUAAGAGUGGGUUCCGCAGUGGCCCACGCUAUUUCGAUCCUCAGUGCAGACCCGUGUCGCCCUUGAAAUGGUUGGAGCCAGAGGACUUAACUCGGGUCAUAGCGGGACAGCAGCCACCCAGGUUCUGGAGGUGGCAUGCAACCUGGAAUCCAAGGCCGAAGAGAGUUUUAAGGUCCAUCCUGGAUCCUGUUUCCAGCCCCGGCCUGCAGUCGCCCAGGCUCACCAGGAAGUUCCCAGCAUGUGCCUACAUGCGGCCAAAUGCCCACGGGAAUCACUCCUGGCCAGAGUCCCUGGAGCCCGAGGAGGCAGAGCCCAAGGCACCGGCCCAGGAGGCAGAGGAGGCUCCUGCAGAAACACCUGAAGUCCAGACAGAGGCGUCUGACGAGGAGUCAGAUGAAGAGCUGGAGGCGUGGACACCUCCAGAGAUCCUGCCACCUCCAUCAGCCUCUCCGGUGGCAGCUGUGGAGCCGGGGCCGGCCUGGGAGGCACCUGCAGACAUGACUGAGGCCCCACCACCCCUGGAUGAGGAGCCCUCCCUGGAACCUGCCCUGGGUCCUGCCUCAGAGGAGGAGCUGCCUCCUGAAAGCCCAGCAGCGCCAGCUCCAGAGCCGCAGGCUGAGACUGCUCGCCGUCUCCCCUCAGAAAAACUGGUGCUACCUCCCCUCAUUGACCUUUUCCUUCUAUUUUCCUUCCUUUUUAUGUUUCACCUUUCUUCAUGGGGUUAUUCAAUUGUUUAUUUUUUAAUUGUUAUUAUUCGGAGUAUUUUUGGGUCUUUUUGUUUUUCUCUAUUCUUUUUUCUUCUUUUAUGCUUUGUUUCUCCCUGA